CCUUCUCUCCCCCAUCCGCACCGCAGGCUGGCAUGCCCAAGAAAAGGCAGCACUUCAGAUCCUACAAGCCCUCGCCCGCGGCCCCUCCGUCGGUGUCGGCCACGGCCGAUCGGCCCUCCAAGAGCGUCAACGAGCUACUCGCCAACCUCCGACUCGCCUCCUCGUCUGCGACCCCCAGCGCGCCUUGUGAGCUCCCCGCCGCCGCCCCCAGCGUGCCCCCGGCCAUCAGGGAGCUCCUCAGACUUCCCGAAACCCCGCAACCCCUGCCCCGGCGACCCGUGAGGCAACGCUUCGAUGGCCAUGGCCGUCGCCUUCCGGCCGGUCCCGCGCCCCCGCGCAGCUGGUUGUCGAGGACACGCGACGAGGCGCGGGUCGCUCAAGGCUCCUUGCAACCCUUGAACCGACUUGGGGGCCAGACGACCCUCCCGGGUGUGCCGGCCCCGGACCCGGGGAGCCUUAUCGAUGUCGUGCUGAGGCGCCUGGCCGUGGACUGGGAGCUCCACCGCAUCUACAACCAGUAUCACCUGUAUUUCCUGCCAAACCACCUCAAGCCCUCCCUCAUUCGCUACGUUGGCGUCUUCGCCAGCCUCGGUGUCACGCUCGAUGACCUCAAGACAAUCUUGCUGCCCCCCGUCGACGUGUACGAGGACGGCCAUUUUGACCGCGGCUCAAACGCGGAAAUCACCUGCCUCGAUCUGACUCGCUCCAUCGGGCGCUCCAUCAAAAUCAAAGAGAUCUCCGACAUGCUGUUCCCGCCAGCUCAGGCACCGACCUCGGACGAGCCUCUGGACUCUUGGGACGCAGAGAGCCUGAUCCCAAGCUCCCCUCCGCGUGCAUUGUUGCCUAACCUGACCCAUCUGUCGCUGGCCCUUGAUCCUGUAGACUUUGGCGACGUGUCCUGGAAACAGCUCGUCUCAUUCUCUGCGAAGCUAUCCGCCGUCACCCAUCUGAGCCUCGCCUUCUGGCCUGCGCCGUGCCUCGCACCCCAGUCACGCUUUGCUUCCGUUGAAUCGCCCCAAGGCCAACGCAUUCCCUUCGGUGGCACAAAUUACUACUCGCACAGUCUAGACAACGACUGGACGGAGGCACUGUUGGUGCUCCGGAUGUUGAGUAAGAAUCUCUACAAGCUCGAGUUCCUGGACCUGACGGGCUGCGCCUCGUGGUUCAGGGCCCUCAUGCUACAGGAGGGCCACGACUUCGUCGACUGGGCAGGCUCCUGGGGCAAGUUGACGACGCUGCGGCUGUUUGUGGGGUGGACGCCCGCCAAAGAUGACAUGCCGUCGCAGCAACUGGCCCAUGGCGAAGCCCUGGCAACAGCCAGGGCAGUAGAGAAGCACAUUGUCGCUCAGAGAGCGGGCAAAGGACGAUUUAUUACCGUGGAACGAGAUAGAUCUGAUGUAUAGAAUCCACAACGUGUA